AUGAUACUACCCACACGGCAGCAGAAUGCCCUAGAUAUGGAGGGUCAGCAGGGGCGGCUUCAACAAGAACGCCGGGUCGCAACGUGUGCUGGUGGAGCCAAUGAGCGUCAAGACCAUUCUAUGGAUAGUGAUGACUCUGCAAAGCACUCUCAUCCGCAGCAACACAGCAGUGUGGACUCGACGUCUGAAGUGUUCACGGAUGAUGACGAGUGUCCUGAUAUAAUGUCAGAUUCGGACAUUUCCAGUGACGAUAUUAUAGCAUGGCCCACCAUGGGGCAUCGCCCACCGAAGCCUGCUUCGUUCGUGCGUUCGGCUCGGGCGGCUAAGCCUGAGCCAGGCAGCUACAGCAGUGAGCAACCAUGCUGGAGUUUGCUGUCCGAUUCAUCGGACGACUCUGAUUCUGAUCACCGGACAGUGACCCUAAGCCGGCCUAGGGCGUAUAACAAGCGCACCUGUCCGGUUAGGAGAUUGAAGACGGCAGCUCGUAGUGAACAGGCAUUGCAAGCCACUCCUACGAUAACUACGUAGGUGGCGCAUGAUGGACUUAAGUCUGCCAUGUCGCAACCUCCGACCGACACUGACAGUAGUGUACCCGUGAGUGGGACUACUUCAACCGAGAAAAAGACUGGGACUCACGAUCGGCGUAUCGAGAGAUCAACGCAGGCGGCAUUAUUUAGCCUGGUCCAUGCACCGAUAUGUUAGGACACGGUACCACCAUCCAAGCUUUAAAUUUAGGGCAUGAAUCGCAUGCUUUGCUUUAAUUGAUAACGUAUUAUUACGAUAAACAGUUCUUGAA